AUGUUCACGCAAUCGCGUCCUAGUAUCACGAGCCACAUAGGCAAAAGCGACGUCCAGUCCGGGGUUUUUAUUUUAUUUUAUAUCAUCUUUGCCAAGGUCGACGUUCUCUUCGCUCUGGAUGACACGAUGCCCGUGACAGCUGGCGUGAGGAACGACGCAAAGCCCGCUUCAGACGGCGUUGUUGAGCAGCAUCUCGUAGCGAACCGCGAUGUGCUAUGA